AUGCACAACGUAUGGGCAGGAUUCUACGCGUCGCAGGCGAGCUCAUCCGUGGCGUCAGAUGCGGCCAUGCGCUACGGGCCAGCGCUCCCGCUGCCCGGCGCCGCGGCGGAGCGUAUGGUGCUCCUGGGUCUGGAGACUCAUGCUCUCGAGCUGUUGCACCAUGUGCUGUGUGCUGUGCGUCUGCGCCCGAGCGACCUGCGUGGGCUGACCGUGCACUUCGUUGACCACCUAUUUGAUACCAUGGAGCUGGCGCAGCAGGACCAAGAGGACGAGUACUGCAUGCGUCUGAUGCGUGUAGUCCUGGCCCUGCAUGAACAGUGCCUUGUCCAGGACCCCUCUUCCAGCCUGCUCGGUACAAUCCGGCGCCGCCUGCACACAAGCAAGACAUUUGGUGAGACCCUCGUGUUCCGUCUAAACCGCACGUCCAGCGCGACGCUAUCUGGCUGUCUCUUCCACUUUCUCACGCUCAAGCUGCUGGCAGACGUAUUUGCGCAGCGCGAAACAGCCUCCUACUUCUACACUAACGACCUGCGUGUUCUGGUCGAUAUCUUCUUACGCGAGCUCGCUAACUUGGCGGAGGCGUACGAGCUGCUCCGGCAAGCGUACCUCUGCGUAUUUCGCGCGCUGCUCACACAGACACAGCUGUGCUCAGAACCGUACAAGCGCGCUGAUGUGCAGCUCCUGCUCACGCACAUGGUCGGCGGCGCACAGUGGCACGACGUGAGUCCUGUGACACUCGCACUCGCAAACGACUGCCUCGAGUCCGAGUGGUUUGUCGGCCUGCACGAUGGUGCGACGCUCGUUGCUCCGAUCCAGGGUGGCGAGGUGCAUGCGGCACAGCUUACGAAAGAGCAUGCGGAGAAUCAGGUGCACUUUCACGCCGAGCCCACGCUGCAGACGAUCCAGCACACGCUUGUGCUCCGCCGCAUUCAGUCGGCGGCCGCGGCCGUCGCGUGCAUUCAAGGCACAUACACGGAUGCGGAAUCUACGGUCCUGUGGCCCGCCCGUGUCGCUGCUGCAGAGACGGACGUGGCACCCAGCGAGGUGGAUGUCCUCGCUCUCGAGCGGUGGACGACGGAACCGCCGCCUUCGCAAGCGCCUGUGCGCCGGCGUACACCGCCUCCGCGACCGCACAAGCCGGUGCGCACAGUGCCUGUGCACCAUCCUGCGAUGACGCAGUCGCUUCCUGAUCUCACCCACAUACCCCCUAUGGAUGCGCACGAGACGGACUCUGUGCCUACGAACGAGGCCCCGGCCUCAGGGUCCUGGCGCCACCGGCUGCGCCGCUGGGGCAAGGGCCGCGGAGAAAAAGAGGGCCACGCGAGUGUAAGCAUCGGUGCUCUCUUCCGACCCGACACCAAUACAGGACCGUCGGCGCCGACGCAGGAGGACGUGCGGCCAGUGCGCCGCCGAGCGCCGCCGCCGCCGAGAUAG